AUGGCUGACGGUACUCGAAAUCGUCUUCCACAUCCCCCACAACGACAGACAUGCGUACCAACGUCCGAAGGCAUCCGUUUAGCAACCACCAAGCAUGCGACUAUAGACAAGACCAACACACAGCCCAACACACCUGAGCACGUCAUCACUGAUUCUCAUCAGCUCAUUAUCAAGCUCUGGUUAAUGCCAGUUCACGCGAUGUCGUGUGAUGGCCAUGAUGAAGUCGUGGCGAUAACACCUAUGCUCUCAUUUGUGGAAUUGAUCUACACGUUUGUCUCUCCCCCCAGCCUCCGCAACGCACACUUCUUAUACGACGGCUCCACCUCUACCAGCGAGCUGUCUCAGCCGAGUGAUUCAGCUCAGGAGAGGAGGAUGAGGAGAAGACAAAACCCGCUACGCAACUGCGAAACGGAAUGCGGAGACGUUGACCUAGUUGUGAUCCUAGCCAAAUAUGACCAAGAUGCCAGACACGUGCCUAGUCAAAGCCCGGUCGACUUGGUGAUCCAUCUUGGACAUCCCAUAGUGUCAUCGUGGUUUCUGAGGGACAUAGUCGCGGCCUCAUCGGUAAGCAAGAAACUCAUACAGUUGGUUCGUAACUGGGGUGCGUCCAAGGACAUAACACGAGCAGACCUCGGGAUGCUGCCCAAGUACGGCUAUUCUUUGUUGGUAGUGGCCUUCCUACAGAAGAGAGGUCUGCUACCUGCCAACCUGUUCCCUAUUACAGUUAAAGAGGCAUCUGUCUCACGAGCGAAGAGACCAAGACUGUCGUCUACCGGUCUAGAUCCAGCCACAUACUAUACUGAAGGACAGCUCAUACGGUUCGUUCUUUCGGACGAACGAGAGCAUCUGCCAUGGAAGGCAGUCCUCGAUGCACGGCCGUCGAUUUCCGCUCAUAGUGAUGGCGCGAAUGUUGAUACUCUUUUUCAAGAGUUCCUGGCGGAUCUCGAGGAUAAAUUCUCGUGUGACAAUCCGUUACCUGUGGACUUCCGUGUGCACAAGGCGGACAUACUGGAAGAGUUCAAAGUUACUUGUGACGACCUUUUCGUUUUACGAGAUCCAAUCACUAGUCGGAACGUUGCGUGCAUCCUCACUCCCACCACCAAAGUUGCUAUAUUGAAUGAAGUGAAACGGGCGAGACGCGUGCUUUCUACUGGGAGGACUAUCACUGAUUUGCUAACUUUGCCACCCUUAACGGCACCAUAG